UACCAGUUCAGUAUAGGAUGAAUUGUAUCAAUCCAGUUUCAGAAUUGGCUGUGUUGGGUAUGUUGAGGUUUAUGGUGGUAUUGUGUGGGUGGGCUGGCACUAGGUCGGCAUGGUUGGUCAGCGGUGAGUUCCACUGGUGUUGGUUCAGUGCUGGGUUACAGUUCACCGGGUGCUAAGUUGGACUAGUAUGUCUUUGGAACAGUGUUGGGACAGAGCUGGAUUGAAUUUCACUGCAGUAGUGUUUGUGUUGUUGCUGGAAUGGUGUGGGAUUGCAUUUGACUCAAGUGUUGUUAGGUAGGAGUUAGACCCAGUAGGUGUGUAACUGAUUUGGCACUAGGUGAUGAAAGGCUGGUGUUGGCGCGGUGUGGUAUUUAGCAGGAAUGAUGUGAUUGGGUUGGGAUGAGUGUAAUUUAGUUGUUGUUAAGUUUGACUGCAGUGGCAUUAGGCUGGUAUUAUGUUGGUUUAUAGUUUGCAGAGGGGUUGAUUUUGAUUAAAGCAUCAUUAAGAUAUUGCUGGGCUGCUCUGGUGGUAGUUGAUUAAAGAGCUGUUAUGUCAAAAUAAAGCUUGAGUGCUAUAGUUGUGAAACUCUUUGAGACGAGGUUUUGUGAGCUGGAUUUAUUAACAAGCAUACACACAUUUAUUAACACACACAUUACCACCCACAGACUUCUUCAUCAGGAGAUAGUCUCAAGCAAUCAAUUUUAAUAUUCAGAGUUAGUAUGUGUGAUUGAGUGAGAGCGAGAGAGCAAGAGUAUGUGUGUGUGCUUGUAUGUGUGAAACCGUAGCUGUGUUGCUGUGGUGUCUGACUUCCACCUGUCCUGCUCUCGUCUCCCAGACAGGCCACACACUCCUUAUAGGGAAAGUACCCUCUCCCUCUCACUCACUCUCUCUCUCCCUCUCUCUCUCACUCCCACCCUCCUUCUCUCUCUCUCUCUCUCACUCUCCUAAUCGUCAGCAAACUGCAGGUUGCAAAGCCGGUGUCAACAACAAGGGCAUAGCAGUUUUCAAGCGAGAAUAAGAGAAAGAGGAGGGAAGAAAAGAAAGGAAAAGGGGGAAACAUAGGGACAGUGCAAGAGAUAAACAGUGAGAAAAAAGAGAUAUCCAUAAAAACAGAUAUUCAUUUCAUCUGAGGACACGUAUGGAAAGAUUGCCUUAGAGAAAUAUUGCCUUAGCUGUAGUCCAGAGUGCAAAUAGAGUGACUGAGUGUGUGUGUGAGUGUGUGUGAGUGUGCGUGUAUGUGUGUGUGAAUGGCCAUUAUGGAGAAUUUCUUUGCUGAUCGGGAUGUGUGGAUUGUUGGGAGUGUGUGUUUGAUUGCUUCCUUCGUUUGGAGACGAUUAUGGAAUUUAAUCAGCCACAAGAGGAAGGGAGAGACCACGACAGAUGUACAGUUCAAACCAAAGAAGGAUGACGAGACAUGCCACCUGAAGAGCUUCAAACCACAGAAGAAAAAGAAGUCUCCAGAUGAUGCAGAUACAGCCCAGGCUCUGCUUUCAGAGGAGGUGCAAAAACACAACCAAGAGAACUUCCAGCGUUUCUAUGACGACGGAAAUGAUGAAAAGCAGAUUGAGGAAAAAGAACCUGAGAGAGAAGAACCUGAGAAACAAGAGGAAGAGACGGAGAUAGAAAAGGUUGUGCAAAAAAGAGAAGUUGCAAAGAAUUCUGAAGAGGAAGGAGAAAAAGACCAAGUGAGGGAAAGUAUCACGAUAGAAGAAAAAGAGGAGAUAAAAGAUGGACAUCAGCCUCUGCCUCAGACCGUUCCGUCUGAGAGCAGCCCAAGCUGUGAGGGGAUGUUGAGCUCUAAGUUGAGUUGUGCGGAGGAAAAAGAAAAGAGAGAGGAAGAAGAACCGGCAGUGGAGGUGGAGAAGGGGGCAAAGACAGAAGAGGAGAGGAGUGAGGCGGCGGCAGGACCUCUGGAUGUGGAUGCGGGGUCCCAAGAACCACUGCAGGAUGGAGAGCCAUCCACAGAAGAGUACAUUAUUGAAUGUAGCCCCCCUCCAUCUGCCCCAUUUGAACAUCGGAUUGUGACGACCAAGACACAGCAAAUCAAUGCCUUCUACAGCAUCACGGAUGAAGUGCUAGGAGGGGGACGUUUUGGCAUAGUCUACAAGUGUGUAGAGAAAGCCUCUGGCCUGACGCUAGCUGCUAAGAUCAUCAAAGCAAGGAGUGCGAAAGAAAAGGAUGUUGUAAGGAAUGAAAUUCAGGUGAUGAAUCUGCUGGACCACGCUAACCUUAUCCAACUCCACUCUGCCUUCGAAUCCCGUUAUGGCAUCACCCUUCUACUUGAGUAUGUGGAGGGAGGUGAGCUCUUUGACAGGAUCAUUGAUGAGAGCUUUAAUCUGACAGAGCUGGAUACAGUUCUUUUUAUCAGGCAGAUCAGUGAAGGACUACAGUACAUGCACAGAAUGUACAUCCUGCAUCUAGACCUGAAGCCAGAGAACAUUCUAUGUGUGAGCAGGAAGACAAACAAGAUCAAAAUAAUUGACUUUGGCUUGGCUAGGAGGUAUAAGCCAAGAGAGAAGUUGAGGGUAAACUUUGGCACGCCAGAGUUUUUGGCUCCAGAGGUGAUUAAUUACGAAUUUGUCUCCUUCCCCACGGACAUGUGGAGCCUUGGAGUGAUUACAUACAUGCUGCUGAGUGGUCUAUCUCCAUUCCUGGGGGAUGAUGACAGUGAGACCCUGAACAACAUCCUUGCCUGUCAGUGGAGCUUCGAGGAGGCAGAAUUUGCACAGACCUCAGAUGAGGCAAAAGACUUCAUUACACUGUUGCUGGUCAAGAGCAAGUGCUGGAGGAUGAGUGCCUCUCAGUCCCUCAAGCACCCCUGGCUUUCAGACCGUGGACUUCAUUAUCGCUUGUAUGAGAAGCAAAAGCAACUGAAUCCAUCCAAAGACACACCCCCACCACCACCACCUGAAAGCUGAGCAGAAUGAAACCCCGACCUCUAGGACCAAUCACUAUGAUGCCUGUUGUCACAUACACAGAACGCAUUCAUUGCACAGACAUACCCACACCCACACACACACACACACACACACACACACACACACACACACACACACA